UCAGUGUCAUCGAACGAAAUGCAUGCAACAUCAGUUACAUCUCAUUAACAACAUCUUACUGCCUACCAAAGCGGAUCACUUGCAUUACUCAACUGCGCAAAUUUUCUGUCCCCCAACAGACUGUCGCGACCCCUGAUGUCAUGAAUUGCCUGGAUGGAUUUCCUCAGCAUUGAUUUUCUCCAUGAGCAUCAAGUCUAAGGCACGAGUUCUCUGCAGAGAGGCAUGAUAGCACCAGGCAUUCGGGAUCAUCUGAAUGCCCACGAUAGCCACCUAGUCCCCGGGGCCACGUUCAUUGCUUCCAACUUCAGUGUACAUUCGAUAUUUUGCUCCCGAAAACCACUUUCGCACAUCCAUAAGGAAAACCCAUCUUUGCAGUUGGCGAUAUCACAAUGGAGAAUCGAGACCAGGAGCCAGUCUCUUCGUCCUGGAUACAGAUGUUUAUGGACUCUACGAUGAUGUUAUCCACCUAUCCCACAAUAGUCAGAUACAUCUCUGGUGCUUGCAUCGCGCUGGGUCUGUUUUUCAUACUACCAGCCGUUAUAUUGGUCCUUCUGGAUCUUGUCAUCUGGUUCAGUCGCCUUCUCUGUGGCCGGACGCCUGUACUCACCGAAAAUGCCGCUCGGCAUAGGCCCGGCGCAACUGUCCUCGAGGCGGGCCCUCACAACCGUCAGCAAGACAAGCACGUCGCUCUACAGCAAGUUUCGGACGGAAGCAGGCGUCGGGUCCCUCAACAGCGAGAGCAAGUGAGGGGUUCAACGGAAAGACCACUAUAAGUACUUGAGGCUCGCGAAUACACCGACGAAAUCGCCAUGCUUGGUGCGGGUUCAAUGACCUUGCGAUACCUAUUCAGAAAUUGACAGACCGGACGAGCAUCGUGCGGUAUGCGCAUAG